GAUCUGAGCCUGAAUGGCACGGAAUACGUGGCCUAUUUACAUAACCCCCCGAAAAGACUGUUUUUGCAACUCAAAGUCGGAUCUGCCCCUUUUGCUCUAGUGACCAUACAUCUGCCCCACGACCAGCGGGAGGACGCUUUCGAUGUAUGGACUUCCACCCUUGAACAACUGACACAGGCCCUGGGGAAUGUCCCUGUGGGACACUCUGUUUUUGUUGGCGGGGACUUCAAUCAGCCCCUGCAUAACACCCAGGAUACUUUUUCGCCCAUGGCUCAGCUACGUCUGCUCUUAGCCCGUUUCCGCCUCAGAGUCUCGGAAGACGUCGGACCCACCUGGCACGCCCGGGGGCUGGAGGCCCCUUUGGAGUUUAUCCUCUUUCGGCAUGAGGGCAUGUUAGGCUCAGCGACCAAAUGUGAGGACCUUAGGGUGGCUCUGCCCUCAGAUCAUGACCUCGUCUCUGUACGCUUCCAAGCCGCCCUUCAGGCACAUAACCGCAACAGGAGAAGACGGGACCGAUGCGGUAGAUGGUGCCUGCAGACGGAACGCUGGGAAGACGCUUUGGCCCAGAUGCCGGAUGAUCCAACGGAGGCUGACCUUUCGUCGGCUUUCAGCUCCUGCUCUUUCCGACCUAAGUUCCCGAGAUACCGAGAUUCAGAACUUAUCAGGGACCUCAUACGUCGCCGUAAGGUCUCGGUGAAUUCAGACGAACGAGCAGCCUUGGCACAAGAGAUUGCCUACCGUAGAGCCGAUGACAAGGCCUCCUUUAAGCAGGCUAUUCUGGAUAGAGCCCGAACAGGCGACUUUGCAGCCAUUUCGCACCUCCGGCGAAGCGCCGCGCAAACCAAGGUCGCAGGCAGCUAUAUACAGGCCCGUGGAGGCCAGAAUGCCGCUACGAAAGAGCUUAAAGAAUUUUAUGAUGUCAAGUAUGACACGAACGGACCUGGACCUUCCGCUGCCCUCAUUGCAGCCCUACGAGCCAAGACAGGGACUGCUGCAGGCUCAGAUGGAGUCACCUACGAGGCUCUUCUUGCCUUCGCAGCCUCAGAUAAGGCUUUCAAACUGGUUAACCUUCUCAAUUCGCCCAUCGCUUUGACACCUUGCCUUUGCAAAGUUUACUCGAAAGGCUCGCAAGCAAUUGAUGGAGCUGCGGCUGCAUCCCUACUCCUCCAGAUCGGGAGUGCCCGGCUCCAGCAUAGGUCCAACCUAACCACGCCACUUGGGCGUUAUGGCAGCUUUGUCAGGACCCCUUAUUCGCUCCUGGGAACGGAGAUGGCCCUCAUGGGAACUGCCACACCUCCUGCUGUACGCAGACGACAUUCUCGUCGUGGCCAGAGGCACCUACUGUACUUGGGUGUCCCUUUGUCCUAUGAUUUCAGACCAAUGACGUGCUUUGCAAAGAGCUUAGGCAAAUGCGCUAACACGUAUUUCGCCAUGCGUGGAAUUUUUAAUGCCCGCCGCCUCCCUGCUGUCCGCAAGGUGAAGCUUUUCGAUUUAUAUGUGACUUCCAGGUGGUUGUGGAGUUGCGGCCUGUGUUAUCCCACGCGCCAAAGUUUGAGAGCCCUCGAUGCGCACCAGAACACGCUCCUGGUAGGCCUGCUUGGUUUCAGGGCCGAUUUUUUCGGUGAAUUCUUGCAAAACACCGUCUCGAAGCGAAGAGCAGCUAGAGCGACUCUCGCAGCUUUGCAGAUCGAUCCCUGGAGUAAACGCUGGGCCACACAAGCCUGGCGCUACUGGGGCCAUGCCGUGCGAAACCAGUUGGACACCCCUUUGCGCUACUUGGUAUGGCGCUACUCCACCUUCACCCUGAUGUCGGGGGAUACCUCGCCAGGUUGGGUCGUCAACACCCCCCUCAGGAAAUUUCAACUAUGCUAUGGCACGAUACGUGCCGCCUCGCACCCGGCUAUUUGGGAAACGGCUGCUCAGGACAGAGUCAUGUGGCAGCAGCUAUAUUCACUCUGGAGACGCCACUGGGCGAGGGCCAGACCCAACACAGAUUUGCUGGGCCGCCAAUUGGUCAUCAUCAAUCUCGAGGAGGCUGCCUUGAGACCUUUCCGAUUCUUUCCCGAGGAGGAGCUUUCUUAUGGGCCAAUGCGACGAGGAGAGAUCAGCCUGAGCCUUCGCUUGCGCUACAAUACUUUUGAUCGACAGGACCAGCAGCAUGACCUCAUCCGACGUACCUUCGUGUUGGUGAGAGACGGCAGUUUUACGAACUGCAAAUUUUCUGCUAGGAUGUCAUCAUUGCUUGCUGCACAGAUGCGUUUGUACAUACGUGACAUGCGGGUCUCAUGGGGAUGGUUCUUUGCUACACUCUUCGAGCUCGAGGAGUACGCGAGCGACCUCGAUCGGGUCCUUCGUGAUUUCGAUACCCUCGACCCCGACGAUCCCCCUCUCUCAGAAGACGAUGUGUCCUAUAUGCACUUUCUGCUGGCAGAAUGGGAAGUUUCCUUCGACCAUAGUUGUGAGAAUGUGGUGUGGUUCUUCUUUCACGCUCAUCUCCCAUGUUGGCGAGAACUCCACCUGUACCUGGACGAAUUGCCACCUCUGGACCAGUGCUUGGCGGCCAGGGAAAUCCAAUAUCAGUUUAGAACUUGCCGAAACACGUGGCCAGAGUAUUGGUUCUUGCCAGCGCUAGCCCGCUACAUUGACAGCCACCUGGACGUCCUGUACGAAAUUCCCCUCUGGCCAUACCAGGAACCUGCAGAGAGCUUCUGGGAUCGGAGUUUCGACAUGGUCGGAGAUCGACUCCAACAAGAAGUUUCGGAGCUCGUCCCCCGCUUCGAGAUGACCUGCGAAUUCAUUGCAUGGAACGAGUUAGACGCUCCCCCGCGCCAACUCACUGCACUCCCCGACUGGGUGCUGUCCUGGCUCCUUCUCGGACUUGUCGUGAUGAUCGUUGCCGUCGUCAAGAGCCUGCUUGUCCUACGGACUCAAUGGACGGAGAUGCGGCAGGACCAAAAAGCCACCCAGAGAACCGUGGCCGAAUUACAUGCUCAGAUGACGAGCAUGCAGAGCCUGCUCCAGCAGGCGGUGUCCCAACAGGCCUCGCCAGUGCUCGCUGAACCACAAUCCUUUUUGCAGCCUUUACUUCUCGAGAAAUGGAGGGAAACGAGAACUGACCUCUUUCAGACGGUCAGGCUGUUCGGGUUGGAAGUCCAGGAACUAAAGGAGAAGACCACGCAGCUCUUCCCCUUGUUUGCCUUGAUGAGGAAGUCUGUUCUGCCACUGCAUGCGGACAUCCCCGAAGCACUCAAAACCAUGAACGAGCACCUCGGGAACCUCAGAGACAACGUUGACAGUUUGACUACUGAAGAGCACGGGGUUUACGAAGCCGCGACCCAAGCAGUGAUGAAUGCCCUCAAGUCUUUAGAAGACCGCCUCUGGCGGGCCCAAAAGGAGUUUAAGACUCCUUUGGCCGGAGCCCAAGCAGCUAUGACCCAGGUCGUGACAACACCACCAGCUGAAAUGCUGAAUUUGGCUAUGGUCUACGCUCCGUGGCUCCUUUUGGGCCUUUUCGUCCUGGCCCAGGCCAGGACCGCCCCGCCGCCCUCGUCCUCCACAGCUGCCCCUCCUGACCCUGUACCAGAGGCACCCCCCAAACAUGCAGAGAUCUCGCCUGAACCCGCAGCAGCACCGGAACCCAAAAAGACGGAGGGAGGAACCAGUGAUGGUGCUACGGAUCCGCCCCUCCCCCCUCCGGCAUCCCCUCCCACCACUUGCCCCGACGUAGCCACGGCGCAGCCCAAAGCCGACCCUUCCCCUCCACCUGCUACCCAGCCUGCACCCUUGCCUCCCACCCCUGUGGAACAGAAGCAGAGCGAGACGCCACCAACCUCUCCUACUCCACCUGAACUGAAAGCCUUCACGGAGGCCUUGAAAGAUGUCAAGGCCUACAUCGACGACAAAAGCAAGGUCCUUCAAGAGGUCAAGAAGCUCCUGGACACCAAGACGACCCCGCCUACACCGACGACUCCAGUGGACCUCGGCCCGACCCUUGAAACAGCCCUCAAACCGCUGAGCGAGUCGCUGUCUACGAUUGACAGCACCACCGCGGGAGCAGCCCGCGACCUCUCCAACCACAUGUGGGAGAGUGGAGGCCGACACCAGGCCAUGGAGACUACGCUCUCUGGGGUCCAUGGCAUGGUGCGCGAUCUUCAGAAUCGCGUUGGGACCACGCAACGCAAGCUGGACGACUGGGUCAAGAGCUGGUCAGACAGCGCAGGAACCACGUUGGACGACAGCCCAGGAGUGGUCAAAUGCCUUUGUCAGCUUAGAGAACAUCAGGAUGAAUUGGCCCGGUACAACCAGGCCAACGAGGCCUUGUCCUCCAAGGUCGACACGGUGGCAGAAGCCGUCGGGGCGAUCGCCACCCGCGUCCAGAGCAUGCAGACUCUCCUGGACAAGAUGGCUGCAGCACGCCCCAAAGCCCCUCCGCCGGCCUUCCCGGCACCCGACAUUCCAGCAACCGAAUCAGCCGGGCCCCCGCCCCAUCAACCCCCCGGGAGCUGGCACACCCCGUCCCAGUUGCCGGGAUCUGCGCCCUCUAAUCCCUCGCCGACCGCGCAGGGGCUCCCCCUCACCACGCCGCCGGCAUACAUCCCCUCCAUUGGAGCUACGAUCCAAGCAGCACCCGGCGCUUCGCAGGGAGUGCCACCAGGUGCCAGUGUGAUCAACUUGAGCCCUCCUGCGCAACAGGACACAGUCACCGUGUGGAUGGACGGUCGUGCCUUUCAGAUCCCGACAACAAUGGUCAGGGGGAUCAACUGA